AGGUUGUUUUGGAGGAAGUGAGCAGACGUCGGCUAGCAGAUAGCACGUUAGCUCGACAGGAAAGGCAAGCGUCAACGGUAGCGGGGCGAAGCAGACCAUUGUACCAAAUCGCCUCCGUUGAACGAAGGGGGGACAUCGGCAGUGGCAGAUUUGACUGUGAUAAGUAGUUAGCCGCGGAGCUAGCUACCGGAGGCGACUCAGCUGUCGACGCUUUAAGCGGUGUGUUUUCCUACGGCGGACGUUUAUAGGAGCCGUUAGCUUGUUAGCUAGCCUGCGCGUUAGCUAACGCUUCCGAACCAAGGCAGAAGAAAAGUCCAGUCUUGAUACAUAUUUUUUUAUAUCGCUGGAUCAUCGCCCAGCUGUGGCACAAUGACAUCAAGGAAGAAAGUACUACUCAAAGUCAUCAUCCUCGGAGACUCUGGAGUUGGGAAGACCUCGUUGAUGAACCAGUAUGUGAAUAAGAAGUUCAGCAACCAGUACAAAGCCACAAUAGGUGCUGAUUUCCUGACGAAAGAAGUCAUGGUGGACGACAGACUCGUCACAAUGCAGAUUUGGGACACAGCAGGUCAGGAGAGGUUCCAGUCCUUAGGCGUGGCGUUCUACCGCGGAGCAGACUGCUGCGUCCUGGUGUUUGACGUGACGGCGCCCAACACCUUCAAGACACUCGACAGCUGGAGGGACGAGUUCCUGAUCCAGGCCAGCCCCCGAGACCCGGAGAAUUUCCCCUUUGUGGUGCUGGGCAACAAGAUAGAUUUGGAGAACAGACAGGUGACAACCAAGCGAGCACAGGCUUGGUGUCAAAGCAAGAACAACAUCCCAUAUUUCGAAACCAGCGCAAAGGAGGCAAUCAACGUGGAGCAGGCCUUCCAGACCAUCGCACGCAACGCCCUGAAACAGGAGACCGAAGUGGAGUUGUACAACGAGUUCCCCGAGCCGAUAAAGCUGGACAGGAACGAGCGAGCCAAGCCGUCAGCGGAGACCUGCAGCUGCUGAGGGCCCUGAAGAUGGGUGGGGGUGGAGGGUGGGGGGGGGGGCGCCGUCUCUGUCUCUGCCCUCGCUACCCUGUCUUGCCUUGUCUAUAUAUCCCUUAUCCCAUGGCCCACUGUGUUAAUCCCUAAAGCCCAACAUACAGGCGGCGUCCCACUCAUCGAGUAUACUGCUACAAACAAAACAUGCGCUCGCCUCACAUGUAAACAAAACACACAUUUUCUAUAAAAAUCGGAGUCUCCCAGCCUAAAGAACACCCUAUGGAAGAAUCAUGGAAUUUACUCGUAUGAUGCUUAUUACUUGCCAGUGUUUUCAUGAUGGUGGUGGUUUGGGCUAACCUUGUUUUUGGUUCCAUAUAUAUAUUGCUGCUUUCAUGCCCAGUUUUGGUUUGAACUUUUUGUAAAUGGAGACAUUCUAUCUACAUGUUUGUGUUGAGGGGACACAAUGCGCCCCCCCCCCAUUUCCCCAUUUUUUUCUCAUUUGUGUUGUAGCUUAAUUUUGCUUGACUCGGAAAACACUCGUUACCAUGGUUCUACUUUACCUCACACAGUCUAAAAAAAAAAGUCUGAGCUGAAGCAGUCAAAUAUCAGAAUGUGUGAAAGUGCAUGUGGGUCACAAUAAUAUGCUGCUCGCUGAUUCUCUCAAAUUGGCACAUCAUUGAAAAUCUAGUUCCAUGCACUUUGCUGUCGUCCUCAAUUCCCUCUGGAGCCACAGUAAACACAUUCGUAGCUCAGGUUGAGGACGUGGUUUGAAUCCAGACUCCUUGACGUAAAAGCUGUCUGUCCCUGACGCGUCUGUUCGCUGGUUCUCUAUUGGGAAAAUGAAGGCGUGUCAUGUAAUCAGUUAUUCUUGCUACAUCUGUCGAACCAAAUGAAGACAGCAUGUCGUUCGACCCGAUAGCCCCAGAGAGGAGAGAUCUUCCUUGAGUAUAAAUAUCAUUCAUUACUGAGUACUAUUAGUUAGUAAAUUGGUUUUUACCGCCAACAAUCGGAGGACUUUGUAUAUUUGCAAACCUCUCAUCACUACUAUUUUGUUGUAAAUCUCCAUAUCCGUCUGCCAGUUGCUCGUGUUGGCAAACAAUUUAAGUGCUUGACAUUACUUUUAACCGAUCAGAUCUUUAACCGUCUGUUCGUAUUAUGUUAAAACUUUGAAAUGCAUUAUAGAUUACAAGAUAGCAUACAUACUGUAACUUUUGAAAGAAUAAAAAAUUAAAAUGUUUGGGGAAGUAUUUGCAUUAGUCAUUAUAUUAUUAAUAUGAAAUGCUUAGCAUCUACAUUGUUUUGAAAUGUCUUUGCAUUUCAAGUAAUAAGGGUAAUAAAAACCUUGAUUAAA